CCAAAACAAAGAGAAAAAAAAAAAACACCAUGACGAGAAAGAAAGUGAAAAUGGCUUUCAUAGAAAAUGAGACCUCAAGAAAAUCAACAUUCAAGAAAAGGAAGAAAGGUUUUCUCAAGAAAGCUGAUGAGUUGGCAACUCUAUGUGACGUUCCCAUCUGCGUCGUCGUUAACAGUCCCUACGACGCGGCCCCUGAGGUGUGGCCAUCGAGAGAGACGGCUAACAAGGUUGUGGCUCUAUGGAGUAAGAUGUCGGUGAUGGACAAGACCAAGAAGAUGGUGAACCAAGAGACUUAUCUCCAACAAAGGAUCGCCAAAGCAACCGAGUCUUGGAGGAAGGCGAGGAAAGAGAACAAAGAGUUGGAGAUGAAGAACAUCAUGUUUGAUUGUCUUAGUGCCAAAACUUCUGUUCCUUGUAUCCCAAAAUGCGAUCUUCGAGAUUUUGGUUCUGUUAUUGAACAACAUCUCAAAGAUGUUAACCUUAGGAUGGAGAUUCUUAAGAGGAACGAGGUUGAAGGAUCUUCUUCCUCCCUUGUUCUUGCUGCUGAUGUUGCUACAACAUCUACUGUCAUACCUAUGCUUGAGAUGGGUUCUUCAUCGGUUGGAUUUCACGAAACAAUUCGCGAUAAAAUCGAGAAUACUUUGAAUGUGAAGAAGACUGAUAAGGAUUUGGAUCUGAAUAAGAAGUGGUGAACCAGUCUUUGAAUCGUAUCUUAAGUUUAAGCUAUUUAAACCAUCAAUAAAACUAUAUAUUUGAGUUCUGUUUUUUUAAUUAUUAUUACAUGUUUGGGUUGGUUUUGACUUCUUGUUGUCAUUUCUAAUAAAUAAAAUUUCAUUUUCUCUAGUUAAUGAAUGUUUUGUCUUGAUAUUAUUUUGCUCCU